AUGGACUCCUACACGCAAUUCGCAGACAACCCCCAUAUUAUGCCUAAGACAGGUGUCUCACACUCGUCUUACGAAGCUCACGACUCCUCACUACCCGCCGAUCACCCAUUUGUCACCCGCGCAGCGCAUUUCCAAUACCAACUGUCCCCUAUGGACGAACAGGUGAAGGCCAGCGAGGCCUCUCACAGCGUGCAGCCAUGGUGGAAGGCUGAAGAACAAUCUUUCGCAAUGGGCUACAUGCCUCCGGACUUGACCUACACCGAUCGCUUUUCGGCCUGGAAUAGCGGUAUCUCCACUAUCUCCGACCCGCAAAGUCCGCGCAGCAGCAACAGUGGCAGCGUGCCUGCGAUGAAUUGCCUUGCUUCCCCAGGUUUCCGGCAAGAGGAUAGUAGAACUAUGACCAUUGCCGGAAUUGAUGAUCAAACCAGCUAUCCCGCCCCGGAUGGACUCGUCGAAACCACAACCACAACCACAGCUCUCGACCACUCCCUAUUAGCAGCAAAACCACGCAUAUUCGAGAUCCAACCUGACCACCGUUCUCCCUAUGAACCAGACUUUGACACUUGGUCCGGCAGUCAAUCAGACCGCAACGCCACACCUGAUCAAUCAUGGCCCUCCCCAGUCCCCAUCGAGGGCAUAGCAUUCCCGUCUUCGAAUCGGCGCUCCAGCAGCCGCCAACCUAGUACUUCCACACCUGCGGCCUCAACGACAUCAACAUCACGAAUCCGCAAAGGAUCCACGAAACGACCGACCUCCACACAAGGCCGCACCCGCCGACGAGGCGCAACCAACGCCGGCACCGGCGAGAACAGCAACACACGCACCUUCGUGUGUAGUUUCGCUCCCUACGGCUGCGAAAGCACCUUCGUCUCGAAAAAUGAAUGGAAACGACACGUCACCUCCCAACACCUCCAACUCGGUUUCUACAGAUGCGAUGUGGGCAAGUGCAGUAUACACACCCACUCCGGCCCCCAACCACCAAACACAACCACCUCACCACCCGUCCAACCAAACGACUUCAACCGCAAAGACCUCUUCACCCAACAUCACCGCCGAAUGCACGCACCCUGGAUCACAUCAACAAGACGCACACCCAGCGACAGCGAAAAAGCCGCCUUCGAAACAAGUCUCGACGAAGUUCGGCGUCGAUGCUGGUUCGGACUCCGGAAGGCGCCGCAGCAGAGUCGUUGCGGGUUCUGCCAGGAGGUGUUUAGUGGGGAGGGGAGCUGGGAUGCGCGGAUGGAGCAUGUUGGGCGACACUUUGAGCGUGAGGAUCGGAUCGGGCUUGGGGAGGAGGGUGAGGAUGUGGCAUUACGGGAGUGGGGGCUGAAUGAGGGUAUUCUUACUCUUGUUCAUGGAGGGUGUCGGUUGGCGUCGCUGGUGGGGGUGGAUAAUUAG